UGCGCGCUGGCCGCGCUCUCCCUCGUCCUGGCCCUGGGCGGCGUCACCGGCGCGCCCUCGGACCCCCGACUCCGUCAGUUUCUGCAGAAGUCCCUGGCUGCUGCCGCAGGAAAGCAGGAACUGGCCAAGUACUUCUUGGCAGAGCUGCUGUCUGAACCCAACCAGACAGAGAAUGACGCCCUGGAACCCGAGGAUUUGUCGCAGGCUGCUGAGCAGGACGAGAUGAGGUUGGAGCUGCAGAGAUCCGCGAACUCCAACCCGGCCAUGGCGCCUCGAGAGCGCAAAGCCGGCUGCAAGAAUUUCUUCUGGAAGACGUUCACAUCCUGCUAGCUUGAUUGUCUUCUCUUUCAGACCUCUGAAUCCUUUCCCCCAAAUCCCCUUUCCCUUUCCAAAUCCCCCACAUCCUCAGCAAGACCCUUGCAGUAGAAAUCGAUGACUGUAAAUAUCAAAUAAAAUUAUGGUGAAUUAUGGAAAACAA